CCUUAGCAGCGUCGACCCGGAAGGCCCCCCAGGCAGCCUGCGUCAUGAUCUCCAUCACCGAGUGGCAGAAGAUUGGUGUGGGCACCACCGGCUUCGGAAUCUUCUUCAUCCUCUUUGGAAUACUCCUGUACUUUGAUUCGGUGCUCCUGGCCUUCGGAAACCUGCUAUUCCUGACCGGCCUCCUGCUCAUCAUCGGCCUGAGGAAGACGUUUUCCUUCUUCUUCCAGAGGCACAAGCUCAAAGGGACCAGCUUCUUUCUGGGGGGUGUGGCCAUUGUGCUGCUGCGCUGGCCCCUCCUGGGCAUGCUCCUGGAAGCCUAUGGAUUCCUUAGCCUCUUCAAGGGCUUUUUCCCUGUCGUCUUUGGCUUCCUGGGCAAUGCUUCUGACAUCCCCUUCCUGAGUGCGCUGUUCCGGAGGCUUCAAGGCACCAGCUCAAUGGUCUGAACAGCAGAGACGAGCUCCUUGAACUUGGAUCAUUGAUUGAGGGGGCUUGGAAAGGAAUUGGGGCCUGCCCCCACCCUGCAGUGACUCAUCUCCCCAUCAUCCCCAGCCCUCUCCAAGUCGAGAAGAAGAACAGAGUUGAAUGACUGACCUCAAAUUCCAAGUCAUCUCAAAAGGCUGUUGGCAGGGCGAGGGGCAGAGAUCUGGGACCCCACCGCGACCGGACCAGGGGCUGGUUUUACAUACUGCCUUGUAUUUAUGGGAGGAAAGCAAAGAUUAAAUCCCCAAGCUGUGA